GGGAGUAAAAGAGCGGCGGCGGCGCGGGGCGAGUUUUGAAGCUCCGCGGACGCGGCCGAGGAGCUCGGCGGCUCCGCGCACCCCUGCGCACCCCGCGCACCCCUCGCCAGGAGCCGGCGGGGCCCCGGAAGAUUUCCAGCGGUUGUUGUGACAAGGACUGGCUUUUUUCUUUCUUUUUUUUUUUUUUAAUUAUUAUUUUUUUUUUCAAUAAUUCCCUUUUCCUGCGACAACAGGCCUUCCCCCCCGUUCCCGCUCCCCGCCUCCCGCUCCGCAAGAGCGGUGUGUAUACAAGAAUCACAGUCAUAAAGAGGGAGGGAGAGGCCGCCAGAGACCACCCUGCCCCCGGCGACCCGAAGGAUGCUGCUGCGGUGCCGCUGCUAGAGGAUACGCUGGGAUUUAGCUCCUCUUUGAGACUCUCUCUUCUCUUUCUCCCUCUCUCUCCAUUCUUCCUCCUACUCAGAGGGGUCCCGGACGGGGGUGAAGCCCUUCCACCCUAUUCGUCCUCCUCUUCCUCUCCUCCCCGGCCGCGGGAAGCCCCUCUCCAUGAUGCAGGCUCGCUACUCCGUCUCGGACCCUAACGCUCUGGGAGUGGUGCCGUAUUUAAGCGAGCAGAACUACUACCGGACGGCGGGGACGUACGGCGGCAUGGGCAACCCCAUGAGUGUCUAUUCGGGCCACGCCGAGCAAUACGCGGCGGGGAUGGGGCGCUCCUACGGACCCUACCACCCCCACCAACCCGCUGCCCCCAAGGACCUGGUGAAGCCACCUUACAGCUACAUCGCCCUCAUCACCAUGGCCAUCCAGAACGCCCCCGACAAGAAGAUCACGCUCAAUGGGAUUUACCAGUUCAUCAUGGACCGUUUCCCUUUCUACCGCGAGAACAAGCAGGGCUGGCAGAACAGCAUCCGUCACAACCUGUCCCUCAACGAGUGCUUCGUCAAGGUGCCCCGUGACGACAAGAAGCCGGGCAAGGGCAGCUACUGGACCCUGGACCCCGAUUCCUACAACAUGUUCGAGAACGGCAGCUUCCUGCGCCGCCGGAGACGCUUCAAGAAGAAGGAUGUCUCCAAGGAGAAGGAGGAGGCCCGGGAACGGCUGCUGAAGGAGCAGCCCAAGCCCCCCGGGCUGCCCGGCGCCGAGCUUCCCAAGGAAGCUUCCUCCUCCUCUUCCUCUUCCUCCGCCUCGGCGCCGGCCUCCGAGAAGAAGGUGGUGAUCAAGAGCGAGACGGCAUCUCCCGAGCUGCCGGUGAUCACCAAGGUGGAGACGCUGAGCCCGGCCAGCGGCGGGGCGAUGCGGGACAGCCCCCGCAGCGCCGCCUCACCCCCCGCGGCCGCCUCCCCCGAGGGUUCCCUGCCUGAGCAUCACCCCGCCGGGAAUGGGCUCCCGGGCUUCAGCGUGGAGAGCAUCAUGACCCUGCGGACUUCCCCCGCGGGGGAUCUCAGCCCGGUGAGUGCCGCCUCGGGCAGGACGGGUGCCGGGAUGGCCCUGGGCUACCCACCGGGGCAACCGUCGGGCUACAGCGCGGCGUGUAGCCAAGCCCUGGACACUAGUGGGAGCUACCACUGCAGCAUGCGGGCCAUGAGCCUGUACAGCGGCGAGAGGCCGGGCCACAUGUGCGUGACCCCCGCAGCGCUGGAGGAGGGGCUGCCCGAGCAUCCCACCGGUGCCCCAUCGCCCCUCGGUACCCUGAGCCUGUCCUCUGGGCAGGACGGUGCGCUGGGGACCGGGCACCAUCCCCACGGAGGAGGGGCGGCGGGGGGGCAGCCCACGGCCUCCUGGUACCUCAACCACGGGGCUGAGCUGAGCCACCUGCCCGGCCACGCUUUCGGCUCCCAACAGCAGACUUUUCCCAACGUUCGGGAAAUGUUCACCUCGCACCGGCUGGGGAUGGAGAGCGCUUCGCUCAGCGAGCAUCAGAGCUAUGAAGCAGGGACAGAGGCAGAGCGAGCUCCUUCAGGCAGGGUUGGGAUCUGAGCUCGCACAAAUAGCUCCCCGGUGGACUCGUCCCAGAUUCCUGCCCUUCCCCGUCCCUUCGUUCGGCUCCGAGGGGGAAGAACCGGAGCUAAGAGCCCACCGGCGAUGAGCCACAUCUACGGCAGCCACCUCUCCCCCCU